AAAACCUAAACUAUUCAUUUCACAUAACCAAAACGCGUUCAGGGUUUUGACCCUUCUUCGCAGCAAAAUUCAUAGGUUUUUCUUUUUCCACCAUAUUGUGUAAUUGAAUUCCAAUUUCACAAUCCCUCUCUCUUUCGCACUUCGUCUCUGAGCUUCUUCUACUUUGCCUUCGAUUCCAACUCACUGAUUACAGAGGUAUAGAUGCUGGGAAAAAGCAUCUCGAAAGAGCACUUUCAGCCCCGAACAUGUUCGGGGAAGAAACCAUUGAAAACUGGUCAGGCAAAAGGGAAUUUAGAGGAUAUUGUUUUUAUUGACUUAGAUAGUGAUCAGUUUGAUGAUGUAGAAAUCAUAGAUUGUCCUGAAGUUGUUACGCAAAAGUUGCAUGGGUCAAGUGGACCGAGUAGAGGAGAUAGGACAACGACACCGCAAAGUGUUAUUAGCAUUAAUGAUGAUGAUGAUGAUGACGAAAGUGAUGAUGUGUAUGAUCCUGAAAUUUUUGUUGAUGGUGUUGGAGAGUUGGAUAGUGAUGCGUCUUCGAAUAAAAGGUUUUAUACAGCCUCAAGUUCUAUGCAACAUUCUGUAGUUGUAGAUGUUGAUGAUUGUGAUGUCGGUGAAAAAGAUUCUGUUUCAAGGAGGCAAAGAAGUAAUAAAGCUUUCGUGUCUAACGGGAAAAAGCGCAAGGAAGUAUUCACUCCAAAGCCUGCUGAAAGAAAUCGUUAUGGUUUAUUUGAGUCUGAAACUGAUAGUGACUGUUCUGAUUGUGAGGUCAUUAAACGCGAACAAUGGGAAAAGGUUUCGGCAAAGAGAAAGUGUCGUGUAUUUAACGAGCAUGCCAGUUCUUCUGGCUUACAUAAAAGUAAUUACGAUAAUAUAGAUAUAGAAGUGGCAAACAAGUCUAAAAAGCAUGGGAAAAACCCUUUAUAUGGUCCUAGCAGUGGUAAAAAUGUUCAGAAUCAAUCUUCCUUCACUGUUAAGGAUGAUAUUCGGCAUGGAGAAAAAACAACUAGGGAAAAAGGUUAUCCCUGCCCCAAGUCGAAAAACUGCAAUUUCUGUAAUGGUGUUACUGUUUCUUCAGGGUUAGACAAUGAACAGGGUGAUGAAGAGUCUAAAGUUAAGGAUGCUACUCGUCAUGGAGAAAGGACAACUACAAAAAAAGCUUCUGCUUUCCCCAACUCUGAAAACUCUACUUUCUGUAAUGGUGUUAGUGGUCCUUCUGGGUUAGACAAUGAACGGGGUGAUGAAGAGUCUAAAUUUAAGGAUGCCACUCGACAUGGAGAAAGCACAACUACAGAAAAAGUUUCUGCCUGCCUCAACUCUGAAAACUCUGAUUUCUGUAAUGGUGUUACAUGUUCUUCAAGGUUGGAGAAAGAACUAGGUGAUAAAGAGAAGUUUAUGAGCUCCAACCAAGACGCACAUGACAUGCAAGUUGAUGAUGAUGAAUCUCCAUUGAAUGCACAUGACAUGCAAGUUGACGAUGAUGAAUCUCCAUUGAAUGCACAUGACAGGCAAGUUAACAAUGAUAAAUAUCCAUUGAAUGCACAUGACAGGCAAGUUGACAAUGAUGAAUCUCCAUCAAGGAGUAAAACUGACAAUAUUUCUGAAGGGAAUUCUAAUGGCGCCUCUUUUGAAAAAAGGCAUUUUAAUGGUCCUGAGUUUGAGUUACGUACUCAAGAUGCUGAUCUUACCGCUUCAAAUGAGAAGAAUAUAAUUAAUCAAAAAGAAAAGCUUAAGGAAACCGAUUUAUAUAAACAAGCCAUGGAAGAGGAAUGGGCAUCCAGACAGCGACAAUUGCAAAUUCAGUCAGAGGAAGCACAAAAAUUGCGCAAAAGAAAAAAGGCUGAAAGUCGCCGAUUGCAGGACAUUGAAAGGAGGCAAAAAGAACGUGUUGAAGAAGUGAGAGAGACAGAUAAGAAGGAGGAAGAAUAUAUGAACAUGAAAGAGCAACUGCGGGGUGAAGUACUGAAGAAGCUCAAUCAAUUGGAGAAUGAAUGCUCAGAUAUGACCUCACUGCUUCGUGGCUUAGGAAUAACUGUCGGGACAAGUCUUAGACCUUUACCCAAUGAGGUGCAUGCUGCCUAUAAACGGGCUAUGUUUAAGUUCCAUCCAGACCGUGCAUCAAAAACUGACCUUCGCGAGCAUGUUGAGGCUGAGGAGAAGUGCAAGCUUAUCUCACGCAUGAAAGAGAAGUUUUGUAAUACUUCAUGGCACUAGAUAAAUUCCAUCGUCUCAAUGGAUAUGGGUGGUGUUUUAAUCGAAGCGCUUAUGCUUCAUUUUAUUUUUGUAUUAUAUUUUAAUUCAUUUAGUCUUUCCUACCUUCCCCCAAAUUUAAUGACAUGGUAUUAGGUUAAAGAACAAGAACAUAUAAAGGUUAUAUAACUCAGGAAAUGCCAAAUUUUGAAGAUGGGCUGUAAAAUUAAUCCAUAUUUAGACCGUGUUGAUGUCAUAUUGAAGAACUUAGGGCUAUCAAAAGGUAUAGCAAUGAAUACAUCUUGCCACA